UAGGUUGCCUUCACAGUCGUGGAUAUAUAUAGUGGCGUGAGGCGAAAACCACUCGAUGUUUCGAAAUCUAAGACAAAGCACAAAACAUGAGCGGAAGAGGCAAAACCGGUGGCAAGGCUAGGGCAAAGGCCAAGACACGUUCAUCCAGGGCUGGACUGCAGUUCCCCGUUGGUCGUGUGCACAGGCUGCUGCGUAAAGGCAACUAUGGUGAGCGCGUGGGAGCUGGCGCACCCGUCUACCUGGCUGCAGUGCUCGAGUACUUGACCGCUGAGAUCCUCGAGUUGGCUGGCAACGCCGCUCGUGACAACAAGAAGACUCGUAUCAUUCCCCGUCAUCUGCAGCUGGCCGUGCGCAACGACGAGGAGUUGAACAAACUGCUCGGUGGAGUCACCAUCGCCCAGGGUGGUGUGCUGCCCAACAUUCAGGCUGUUCUCCUGCCCAAGAAGACCGAGAAGUCCAAGUAAAUCUUCCACAGACUUCCCUGAACAAAACGGCUCUUUUAAGAGCCACCCA